CAAAACAAAAACAAUGACGUGCGUGUGAAAAUAUUUGAAUCCAGUUGACUUACUUGCGAAUAUGAGAAGUAUCGCAUGGAGUGCGGCUAUUAUUUACCUGCAAGUAUGGUCAAUGCUUUUAUUCCGCAGAUUUGCGGCAGCCCAGAAAGUUACGUACACGUUCCCCGAGUUUCCUUACAAAGAGACCAACAAAAACGAGGUGAUGUUCAGGGAGGUGGAGGCUGCGUGUGAAAGGGGUUGCUUGGGGAGGCACGGCGUGUCGAAAGUAUUGUGCAUUAGACAGUGCGUUUCCCCGUCCUGUUACAGGGAUUUGUAUCAGUCAGACUUGGUAGGUAUAAAAAAAUUUAAGAAACCUUUCUUACCAAUUAUUAG